AAAAAAAACAGAAAGAAGAAGAGGUGACGAACUGCGAACCCUAAAUCCCCAAAUUUUACUUACCAAGUCAAGAUCAAUAUUCAAAUGCUGCAGUCUCACUCUUUCUGGCUUCUCUUAUGAAUUACACCUACCCCUAUUGUAAGUGUAACCCUUUCUGUGUCUCCUGUAGUGGUUCUCUGGAAUUCCUCCUCUCUUCGUAAUAUCUUUCACUGUCAAUUCUUAAAUUUUCGAGUAGAGUUUUAUUUCCUUCAAUUUUAUAUUUGUAUGUAUAUAAAGGAGUUACAAUUACAAUCUGAAUUUGGGGUGUCACAAAUGUACCAAAUUUUAGUUUUCUAGGGUCUUAUAAUUUUACUUCAGGGAUUGAGUCUUAUGUUCAAAAAUUUGGAUUGUAUGUGACUGUUGGAUGCAUUGAUAAUGCCAUGAAAAUGUUCAACGAAAUGUCGAUUAUAAUUUCUUAAUUGUGUACAUUUAGUGAAAAUGCACAAGUUGAAUCAUUUUGAAACAAUUUUAAAAUUUUUUGUUUCCGAUUUUAGAGCUUUUUCAUUGAUGAACUCAUGAACAAAAGUUGAACUAGUGUGAAACUUCCUCCGCUAUAUGUUUUUAGCCGUGAGAUCAGCGCCAUGUAAGAUUGUUCACCAACCUGUUUUGGUUGAUUGGAAAAACCUUAAUUUUGAAUCUUAUAAGUUGUUCGGUUUCACUUAGCUCCAUCAAUGUUAGGCUUUCUUUUCAUAACAACAGCAUUUGGAUUUGGUUUCUUUUUUGCUCUGUUUAUAUUUCUAUUUGCUAAUCUCUUGCAAAGUAGAAAGAACUCAUUAUCUUGAAGGAUGAAACAGUGUAAGGAGAGCAAUACAAAGAGUUCAAACUGGAAUUGUAUAAGAGUUGGGCAAUGUACCUAAAAGUAAUGACUGCUUCAUUGUGAAGAUUGCAAUUGUCUAGGUUGAAGGGUUUUGAUGGGCUAGGAUUUGAUAACAGGGAUAAUUGAAUUUUCAUAGACAUUGGUACCAGUCGACAUGGAGUUUCCUCGUAUCCCUAAUUCCUUAUUUCUUCAACAAGGAGAAGAAGUAGCUACGUUAAGCAGCAAGCUUCCAGAAGAGAUUUACCAGGAAAUUUUGAUCAGGUUACCAGUCAAAUCCGUAUUAAUAAGUAAGUCUGUUUGCAAAUCUUGGUAUUCCCAAAUUUCAAAUCCUAAUUUUGUUAAAUUGCACCUCAACCAAAAUAAGAACAACUCUAGUAGUGAUAGUAGUCUGUUGCUUGGAAUUGGUGAUGAUCUGCACUCUAUUGGUUAUGAUUCGUUAGUUUCAUCUAGGGAGAUUGAAGAAGGUUCAUCUGUUAGAAUGCGGUAUCCAUUUAAGUUACAAAUUCAGUGUGUUAGAUUAUUGGGUUCCUGUAAUGGUCUGGUUUUUCUUCAGCUUUAUGGUUAUUCUGUUCAUUAUGAUGAUGAGAGGGAUUUCUUGUGUGUUUGGAACCCUGCCACCAGGGAAUACAAGAAGAUACCUGAAUCACCAUCUAUAUCUUUCAAAGAUAUCUGCAUAAAUGGUCUUGUUUAUGAUGGUAAGAAUGACGAUUACAAGUUUGUAAUUGGGGCAGAUGGUGAUACAAGUGAGUUGACUACUUCACUGGAAAUCUUUUCGUUAAAAUCUAAUGCAUGGGAAACGAUUCUAACACCUUAUUGGUCUGCUUAUGGUGAGUGGAAAACUGGGGUACUUGUUAAUGGGAAUCUUCAUUGGUUAGCCAAAGGGGAAUGUGGUGGUUGCAUAGUCUAUUUGGAUAUCAGCUACGGUAUGCCAUCAUUCAAAGAAAUUCAACUACCAACAGUGCAGAAUUUGGAAUUUUUUAGUGUGGGAGUGUUGGAAGAGGGGUGCCUUUGUGUACUGGCUGACAAUGGUGACAUUGGCCUUGCUCGUGUUGAAGUAUGGGAAAUGCAAGUUUACGGUGUUCGUGAGUCUUGGACUAGACGUUAUGUUAUCGCCAAUCACACAAUAACAACAUCAGUUAUGGUUGAAGAAUCUGGUUGGAGGACUAUAUGGUCUUUUAAGAAAGGGAAGAUUAUAUUCGUGGAUUCUCAGAAAGUUGUGUUAUAUGAUCCAAAGCAUAGAACUGCUAUUGAACGAAAUUUGAAUAGGUUAGCAUAUUUCACAUCAGUAGUUAACCAUGUUGAAAGCUUAGUUUCACUCAGUUCUGGUACAUACGUGGGACAGAACUAGACGAGGAAUGAACCGAAGACGAAGCCUAAGAAUGUGUUAUUUUAGUCCUUACAGGAUACAUCAUAUCGAACCUUCUCCGGAGCUGGGUGCUUAUAUAAGGCCUGCUGCUCCUUUUCCUGCUCCACCGUUGGUACCACGUCGGUCCAACAAUAGUCAGGUUCCCUUACAAUCGCUUGUUGAUAUUUAUGUUCAUCCCGUCUUUAACUCAUUAGCAUUUCAUGUUCCUGGCUAGAAAAUUCUGUUUAACUAUUUUGUCAUUGAUUUUCUGUUAUGAUUUUGUGCGCACAGUUUCGGGAACUUGAAGACUUAAUUUUGUGAUUGCAGUACUUUCUCUUAAUGUUCACAGAACCAUAGUUCUUUUGGUACAUUUCUAGCAUUCUGUGGAAAACCACUUUUUACAUAGCUGCCUAUUUGUUGUGUUUGUCGAUCUGCAUUAGGUUUCUGAUUUUAACAAUUACAAGUAGUAUAUAUACUCGGCUUAUUCAGGGUUUUAACUUAAGGUGAUUGUUUUUACACCAUAUU